AUGGCCAGCUCGCGGCUGCUGGAGCUGCCUCAGACAGCACUCGAUGCGUUGGCUUGUUGCAUCGACUCAGUCUCGUUUUCGCAACUGAGGCUCGCAAGCCAUGCCGCAUGCUGUCUGGUAGAGGCGCGGAUCUGGCGCAUCGCCGUCGGCGGGUCAGCAGGGGCCCCACCAGCGGUGCUGGCAGCGGCCAUCGAGCGGUUCCCCUCUGUCAACGAGCUGCAGAUCAUGAGUGUCAAAUACGAUUUGCAGGAUGCCGAGCUAGAGCAGGCGCUGAAGGCCCUGCAGCCCAGCUUGGUGUGGCCGUCAGUGACGCUGCUGACGCUGGUUGGGCAUGAGGAGGAGCCUGCGGCGCUCAUCAGCCCGGCUGCGCUGGCGCGUCUGGUGGCGCUCUGCCCGAACCUGAAGGAGCUGCAGGGACUGCACGUUGCCCCUAGUCUGACGCCCGCCGGGGCGCCCGCCGGCAGCGGGGACCGGCGCGCCUCGGUCGUGGAGGCGCUGGCCUGUGCGGCCUCACUCUCGAGGCUGUCGCUGAGUUUGACCCUCAGGAGCGGCUGCGACGAGGACUUCAGACGCCGUCUGAUGACGGUGUUGCAGAGGCACAAGCUGAGACGCCUGAAGCUGGUGAACGCGUUCCCGUCAUGGCUGGAGCGCGUGCACCGGCCAGAACUCUCGGAGCUGCAGGUGACGGCUGCGGCGGCGGUGGCCGCACUCCCGGGCCUCACGAGCCUCGAGCUCAGCGUGGGCGCGGACGAGCCGCUGCUGCCCCUGGGGGCCUGCCGCGGGCUGCGGCGGCUCACGCUCAGGGACUGCGCGGUGGGCGGCCAGGUGGCGUCGCUGCGCGGCGCGGGCGUCCUGCCAGACCUAUGGAGCCUCGAGCUCGUCGGUGCAUGCAACGCCGAGCUGACGGGCCCGCCGCUGGGGGCGCAGGAGCUUGCUGCAGUUUCCAAGGCGUGCCCCAACCUCAGAUGUCUGCGGCUUGACAACCUCACGCUUGGAGGCGCGCCCGCCGCAGCCGCAGGCGCAGCCGCGCCGCCCGUGUUUGGGAGGCUAGAUUUGCUCACCCUCGGGAACGUCAAGGACGGCGGCGGUGAGGCCUUUGAUCUUGCGGCGCUCGCGCCCAGCCUAGUGCAAAUGGUCCUGCAGAGCAGCUGGCACAGCCUGGCACGCGGCGUUGCCAGCCACCCGGCGCACCCCGCGCUGUACUUCGACGGGCAAAGCCACCCCAGGUAUUGCCGCCUUGACAAGACAGAAGCCUUCGCCGCAACCGUCGGCGAGCAGUCAUACCUCGGGGUCCACCUCAGCGUGGAGGCGUGCAUGUUUGAGGAUGCGCGUGUGUUUGUCAACCCCAGCUGCGUGCACCAGUGGGUGAUGGGCUGGCACUGCGUGCGCGAGCUGGACCUGGGUGUGCAAAGCCUCGGCAUACGCCUCUCCGGCCUGCUGCCUCACAUUGCGUCGACGAUGGGUGCGCGCCUCGAGGUGUUGUGGCUGGCGGGCUGCGAGGCCGACCCGGCGCCUGACGCGGCCCGCACCCUGCUGUGCCUGCACAUGUUCUCGUGCCUGCGUAUGCUGGUGCUUGUACUUGAAGCGCGCGAGGGGGAGUCGCGCAGCCCGUGCUGCCAGGACGUGUGCGCCUUGCUGGCGCCGCUCACGGCAUCGCGCGAGGCGGUGGGGCGGGUCAGCCGGCUGCCAGCAGAUUUCUCUUUGUUCCUGCCUGCGGGGGCCGCGGUCACGUGGGAGGGCUGCCAGACGCUGACGGCACAGGUCCCGGGGGUCAAAAUCGAGCUGACGUGA